AAAACGCAACUCAGCACCAAGUUGCUUCCGUACCUUUUUUUACCGUGAAUCGAGUGAUAUCGGACAAGAAAGGCCGAAAAGUUUCUGUAUAAACAAUUGCCGGCACUUUAUUAAUAAAACAGAUUACGGUUUGAAGUGGUUCGAAACGAUUCGCAGCUGGACUGGAGACAGUUUCUAGUGGGAAUCGGCCUCCGUGCGUGAGUACAGUGGAGUAACGCUCAGUGUUGAAGAGAAGCAGUUUCUGGACGAUACGCGCCUCCGAUCCAGCAACGGCUAAACGAUGGGCGUCGAAAGCUAUCUUCCCUGUGAUGUUGUUCCGGUGGAGAAUUUAACUGCGUCGCUUAACCAAACUGACCGUUACGAUACGCUGUGCGUAAUCGAUGGUACCGCACUACCGAAGGAAUUGGUGCGCCAAAUCGAUGAGCAGCAAAAGUUUGAUGCCGGUAUUGCUUCGGAAGUGAGCUGUUUCCCCCUUCAGCUUGAAAAAAAUACGGUGAGGGUUGUGUACAACUGCGUUGGGGAGUUGACAGAUUUCGACGACGUGCGUCGGUACGCGGAAGCGGCGGCUUGCGCUUUGCGCAGAGCUUUGAAAGCCGGUUCCAAGUAUCCGGUGCUUGUGUUGCCCUUCCCUACCACACGCUUCCCGAAUGCGACGAUCGUGGCCCUGCUGGGCGCACUGCACGAGCUGUACGUUCCACUGCAGCUGCGUGAAGAUGUGCCGGCCAGAAGCCAUCGUUUUAGCAAAAUUGGUGUGUAUUUUGAAUCGCACGCACAAAAACUGCCCGAUCUCUUGCGUUUGGUGCAAACGGUGGAGGCUGGUCGGUUCGUAGCGCGCGAUAUCGGCGGUGGCGAUCCGGAGCGUAUGGCACCGCCACGUGUUGCCGACUAUGUGCUGCACGCGUUCAAGUCGGGCCCGGUCAAGGUUACCGUCAUCGAUGAUCCGCGCGUGUUUGAGCGCGACUAUCCGCUGUACCAGGCAGUGAACCGUGCGGCAGGCACGGUCGAACGGCACCGUGGCCGAAUCAUCUUCCUCGAGUACAAGCCCCCGAACCCGGCACGCAAAACAGUUGUGCUGGUCGGCAAGGGUGUGACGUAUGACACCGGCGGUGCCGAUAUCAAGGCGGGCGGCAUCAUGGCGGGUAUGAGCCGUGACAAGUGUGGGGCGGCGGCUGUGGCCGGCUUUAUGAAGGUAGUCGAGCAGCGCCAACCGGCCGACGUGCACGCCAUUGGCGUGCUCUGCAUGGUGCGCAAUUCGGUCGGCGAAGAGUGCUACGUGUCGGACGAAAUGUUGACCUCCCGCGCUGGUGUGCGGGUCCGCGUCGGCAACACCGAUGCCGAGGGUCGCAUGGCCAUGGCGGAUGCACUGUGUCAGAUGAAGGAACGCGUAUUAGCCGAGGGUCUGCCUGAUCCGCACCUUUACACGAUCGCCACGCUUACCGGGCACGCCGUGCUGGCCGUCGGUAAUAGCGCCAUCGUAAUGGACAACGGUCCAGCACGAGCCGUCGAUCAUGGGUUGCAGCUGCAGCGUGCCGGAGAAGCGGUUGGUGAUCCGUUCGAGAUAUCCGUUUUGCGUCGCGAGGACUUUGAUUUUCACAAAGGCAAAUGUUACGGUGAGGAUGUACUGCAGGCAAACAAUCUCCCAUCGAGCAGAACUCCCCGCGGGCAUCAGGGACCAGCGGCAUUUUUGAUGCUUGCCACCGGGCUGGACAAGUGCGGAUUGGGAUCUUCCCAUCCGAUCAAGUAUUCCCAUCUCGACAUCGCGGGCAGUGCUGGAGACGUUCCACAUACACCGACCGGAUCACCGAUUCUGGCCCUGGCGCAGGCUCACCUGGACAUGGUUUAGUGUGUACCCAGUGAAGCCACGACAAUUAUCGAUCUGGAUUGAAUUUCAUUCUCAUAUAUGAAAUAAAGCUACGCAUUUGCUAAUGGUGAUGGUUUAUUUUACAACAUCAGCUAAC